AUGCUUUACUUAUUAGUUCAGCUGGGUAAUAUAUUGGCAGAUAAGGCUGUAUAUCAAAACUACGGCGAAUAUGGCAAUCUUUUAACUAAUCCAUAUAAUGACUCUAUGGAUUCAAUAGUUAAUAAUCCAGGUAACUCUAGCAGACUUUUAGAUCUUCUGAGCGGUACUAUCGAUUUACCAAAUAAUGUUACUUCUGCAGAUGAAUUAAAAAAUCAAUCCAACUUACAAAAAAGUAAUUUAAAAGAACAUGAAGAAGAGGAGCAUUCGCAAAAAUCAAAAUUGAAUGACUAUAAUAGUAUAAAAAUGAAGGAUGAUGAUAGCUCAGAUGAUGAGUCUCAGAAAUCCGAAACAAAAACACAGAAAAACAAUUCAAAAAGCAAAAGAAAUGACACAAAGAGUGAUAACGGUAAUAUGUCUGACAGCGAAGAUGACUAA